GCCGUCGUGCGGAAGAGGGCGGUCAGCUUCCACUUCGAUGGCGACGACGAGGACACCAGGACCCCAACGUCGGCGGACGACGCCGCGGACGCCGAGGUUGCGGAUGCCGACCUCGGAGGCCGCGCCGCGGUCGCGGAGGUGCAGAAGCCGGCGCUGAGGAGCAGGCACACGGCACACGGCCCAAUGGUCGCCAGGAGCUUCUACGGCACCGUCGAGGAGGUCAUGGCGGAGCUCCGCGCCGAACGCGAGAGGACCACCCAGGCCGCCCAGGCCGGCAGCAUGCUGGUGGAGCGUAACGCGGCGCUGGAGAGUCAGAUCCAGCAGCUGCAGGAGCAGCUGCACGAGGCGCAACAGCACGCCGCGGAGGUCGCGUCCGUGAACUCCCCGGGCGGCCGCCGGGAGAUCCGGACCAUGCCGUCCCGCACGGACACAGCGAGGCCCCGAGCUUGGAGGCCGACCACUCGCCAGAGCGGGAGCUCCAGGCGGCCAGGCGCGCGGAGGCCGAGUCCCUGGAGGACCGCAUCCACGAGAAGGAGCACGAACUGCAGGAGGCGCGGGACGAGUGCGACGAGCUCCGGCGCAAUUGCGACAGGCUCCAGCGGGAACGGGAACGCCUGCGCCAGGAGCACGAGCAGGCCUUGCACCACUUGCAGGAGGAGCUGCACCUGGCCACGCAGUCGGCGACGUCGCGGCAGUCGCCCAGGAGGCCGACCGACUCGCAGCCCUCGCCGAGGGCCAGGUCCUCCGGCGCCCCCUGCGAGGCCAGCCUGGAGCGGUCCGCGGCGGACGAGGAAGAGGAGCAUCCCUCGGCAGACGGCUCCGAGAUCGACAGUCCAAAGAGCGCUGGAGGCUCUGCACAUUAAGAACCGCCAGCUGGAAGAGGAUUUGCGGCAAGAGGCUCGCAGAAGUGCCGAUGCCCUUGUGCAGCUACAGGCGCGGGAUGAGACAUUGAGGAAAGUCCAGGCGGAGCAUGAGGAGCUCCUCAGGAUGCUUGAGGAGGCCCGCGAGGUCAAGAGCAAGCCGGGAAGGUCCUUCAUGCCGAGAUUCUCUAUGAAAUCUACGGCGUCCACCAACAACCUCGGUCAUAGCAUGUACGCGGCGACCAUGCGGGGCUCUCCCGACGAUUGGGAUCACAGAAGGAGCAUCAGCAGCGAGGCUAGCGAGCAGCACUCCAAGGAUGUCGCCGGUUUCGAGAUCGAGGCCCCGCCGCACCAGCAGGCGAUGCAGGCGCAGCCAGCAGGCGGUGCGGGGCGUUCGGAGCUGCUGCUAGACGUGCCGUGCUACUGCUGCCGGAUGGUAUUGAUGAGGCCCGGCUCUUCUUUAGGCAGGCCUCUUUUGUGA